CUCCUCCUCCUCGUGGACGUCGUCGUUGUCGUCGUCGUCGUCGCCGUCGUCGCCGUCGUCGUCCCGUCGCUAUCGUCGACAGAGGAGGAAGGGGCAUUUGACAAUCUUGUUGGUCGCGAUGUCGUUCUCUCGUGGCAGUGAACCUGACUCUGGGGAUCUCAGCGACUCCGAGGACGGUUAUGUCGACAUGGAUCCUCUGAGCUACGAACUUCGUAACAUUCAAAGUGUCAUAUCCGUGACAAGGGAGAACAUCGAUGCUUUAAAUAACCGCUUUGCCGGUUUUCAACAUCCACCAUCCAUAUAUUUAAACGAGUAUCAAGAACUCACCAGCAAGUUGCAUGAUUUGGAGUCCAAGGAACAGAAGCUGAUCGAAUUAUUGUACGUCGGCAAGACAUCUACUGGAGCUUCCAUGUCCGAGAAUGAUUCUCGAGAGCCCAAUGCUGUCAAUAGGUGUCCUAGAACCCCUAUGAAAUCUUUGCUGAGGGCCUAUCUGCCCAACAAACAGCGUACUAGUGUUCAGGUGCGCGAAGGACUAUCUUUGAGGGAUGCUCUAGCCAAGGCUAUGAAGUUGAGGAAUCUAACUACCGAAAUGUGUGCUGUGCAUAUCCUGGGGCCAGGCAAAUCCAAGUAUUUGACUUCUUGGGAUGCUGACAUCUCUUUACUCGAUUGCGAUGAGAUAUCAGUAGAGAUUCUUGAUAAGUUUCCUAUAACUACUUCAAUAUCACAUAACUUUGUGCGCAAGACAUUCUUUUCCCUGGCAUUUUGCGAAUGCUGUAGAAAGUUGCUCUUUCAGGGUUUCUAUUGUAGGACAUGCAAUUAUCGUUUUCAUCAAAGGUGUGCUGGAAGUGUACCAGCUCUCUGCCAUCAAGCGCGUAUGCAAGACGCUUAUUACCAAGCAUUGUUAGCCCACAAUCCCGAAAGAGAGGCUGGAAUUUUACAACUACCAUCUGGUUACGGUUUGAGCCGAAGUAUGUCACCUUCUUUAGCACCGUCUAGAAAUCAGAGACAUCCACGCUCUUUGGGACAACAGGAUCGUUCGAGUUCUGCGCCAAAUGUUUGCUUCAACAUGGUCAGAUCUGGAGGCGAACCAACUAAUCUGGAUGAAUAUAGUAGGUCUCAGAGUUUAGGUCGACCUAUAGGUACUACCCAGUGUUCAGUCUCGCCUGGUAGCAGUCCUACCAAGCAUAGUCAAUCGACGCAAGCUAGUCCAACCAGUACUUUGAGACCGAAACGUCCAAGAGCACGAUCAGCCGAUGAAUCUUCGAAAAAUCUUUUGGCUCCCAGAGAGUCUAUAGAAGACUGGGAAAUUCCAGCGGAUGAAAUCUUGGUAGGAGCACGCAUUGGUUCUGGAUCCUUUGGAACAGUAUACAAAGCACACUGGCACGGUCCUGUGGCAGUUAAAACUUUAAAUGUUAAGAUACCAACGACGGCUCAGUUGCAAGCAUUUAAAAAUGAAGUAGCCGUAUUAAGAAAAACACGACACGUUAAUAUUCUAUUAUUUAUGGGAUGUGUUAGUAAACCGCAGCUUGCUAUUGUAACGCAAUGGUGCGAGGGCUCAUCUUUAUACAAACAUCUACAUGUAUUCGAAUCAAAGUUUGAAUUAUUAACUCUGAUAGAAAUUGGUAGACAAACGGCACAAGGCAUGGAUUACUUACAUGCUAAGAAUAUCAUCCAUAGAGAUUUAAAGAGCAACAAUAUAUUUCUACACGAUGAUCUUACUGUUAAAAUUGGCGACUUUGGUUUAGCUACCGCUAAAACAAGAUGGUCAGGAUCUCAACAAUUUCAUCAACCGACUGGAUCUAUUCUAUGGAUGGCACCCGAAGUCAUUAGAAUGCAAGAGGAAAAUCCAUAUAGCUUCCAGUCCGAUGUUUACGCCUUUGGUGUAGUUUUGUAUGAAUUGCUUGCUGGUCAGCUACCGUACUCGAAUAUCAAUAACAAGGAUCAAAUAUUGUUCAUGGUUGGACGUGGAUAUUUACGUCCUGAUUUGAACAAGCUGCGGUCUGAUACUCCAAAAGCAUUGAAGAGAUUAACAGAAGACUGUAUUAAAUUUUCAAGGGACGAUCGACCAAUAUUCCGACAGAUCUUAGUAAGCUUGGAAGGUUUACUGCGUGGCUUACCCAAAAUCACAAGAUCUGCAUCCGAACCAAAUUUAAACAGGACGCAAUUGCAGUCUGAUGAUUUUCUGUAUACUUGUGCUUCACCAAAGACUCCGGUGAAUUUCCAGUUUGGAGCAUUUCCCUUUUAUCCUACUGGCGGGAACAUAUAGAAAACGUAUAUAGAGAACAUAUAUAGAGAACGUAUUGCCCAAAGUUAUAAGCCUGAUGUAAUCAGUAUAUAUAGAAUCGGUAUAUGGUAAAACCGAAUAAGAUUCAUUAACACAAUUACAAUUAGUUAUGAACAAUCCACGCGAUUCUUAUAUAUAUAUAUCUUUAUUAAAUCACAAAUGUUUUGCUCGAUGUGAAAGAAGACUGCAUUCUUUGACAUGACGUAAAAAAGUAAUACAAUUAUAAUUACAAACACCAUCUUAUACCACAAAUAAGAUAAUAAAGUCCAAAUGAAAUUGUGUACAUUAAUUGGAUUUAAGAAAAGAUAAUAAGGUGAUGCAUCGAGUGUAUAAGUAAAUGGUAAAAACAAAAAA